UAUUGCGCGCAAUAGUAUUCCACUGUCUAAUUGUCGCAUUGUUUACGUUUAAGUUCAAAUUGUUCGGUAUUACCAUCAUACAAUUUUCUGAAUUCACGUUUCGAACAUUAUUAAUCUUUUAAAUAUCGUUAAAUAUUAAUUGAAAUCAAAGUAAUAGAAAAAUUUCAUUUCCUAAAAAAUUGCAAUGAUUUAUGGUCAACUUGUCAUUGGACCUCCAGGGUCUGGAAAAACUGCGUACUGUGAAGCCAUGUAUCGAGAGCUGUGUAAACUUGGUAGAAGAACAGCCAUUGUAAAUCUUGAUCCUGCUAAUGAAGAUCUGCCAUAUAAACCAAAUGUGGAUAUUUCACAUCUCAUUACUGUUGCAGAUGUUAUGGAAAAUAUUAAACUUGGUCCAAAUGGUGGACUUAUUUACUGUAUGGAAUUUUUAGAGAAAAAAAUAGAUUGGCUGUUGGAUGAAUUAGGGAAAUUUGCAGAUUGUUAUUUAUUGUUUGAUUGUCCAGGACAGGUGGAAUUAUACACACAUCAUCAAUCUAUUCAAAAGAUUGUAUCAAGAUUAAAUAAAUCGGGAUAUAUGCUAUCUGCGGUACAUUUAGUUGAUUCUCAUUAUUGUUGUGAUCCUGCCAAGUUUAUGGCAGUCCUCCUUACUUCACUUUCUACUAUGCUGCAUUUGGAAAUGCCUCAUAUUAAUGUAUUGUCCAAAAUAGACCUUUUAAGGCAGCAUGGAAAAUUGCAUUUUAACCUCGACUUUUACACUGAUGUUUUAGAUUUGGGACAACUAGUUGACUUACUGUCAGAUGAUCCUUUCUUAGUAAAGUAUAAAAAAUUAAAUGAAGCUUUAAAGGAGCUGAUUGAAAAUUACAGUUUAGUUUCAUUUCAUCUCCUGAAUGUAAAGGAUGACAGAAGUAUUAGGAAAGUUCUCAAAGCAGCUGAUAUGGCAAAUGGUUAUGUAUUUGGUGUGAAUGAAGAAAACAGAGACAUUAAGAAUAUGCUUUCCUGUGCUAUGAAUGCUGAUUUUGAGUAUGCCAGAAUUUCGGACAUUGCAGAGAAAUAUCUAUCAAGGGAUACAAAAAGUAGUCAAGGUUAUGCAUCUCAUGGGAGAUAAUAUUUUUAUUCACAACUCCUAUUUUUUUCCCUACAAAGAGAUAAAAAGCUAUAAGAUUUUAAAAACUUAAUAAUUUCUCCCAAAGCAGUAAUAUGGUUUAUAGAUAUGACCAUAUUUUGUAAAUAUUAUUUUGUAUAUAAUUUCAUUUCCUGUAUUAUCGCUAUUAAUAAUAAAUAUGAAUGAAUGUA